CGCGUCCCGGCCAAGUCGUGCCGUCGCGACCGUCCGUCCCCAGUCGCAUACAGCGUUUGUGGGGGUGCAGCUACUAUUAUUUUUGUUGUUUGGUGUGUAUGUGUGUAUUGUUAGAUUUGUUUUGUGUGCGUCGCUGCGUUCUUCACAUCAAGACCUAUCAAGGUGGCACACCAUCAAGGUCAAACGUGGCCUUAGCGCAUCUUCCGCGGGAGUCGUUAGAUCGUUCGUUUCCAGCUUUGGGCGUGCGCCCAGCUAGUGAAUUUUGUUUGUGUGUGCGUCGUUUGCAUCGAUCAUCUAAUACCCGUGACGCGGAGUGGCGGAAUUUACGCACGUUCACAUACAUCAACACACCGCCAAUGGUGGCUGUGCUGUGCGUGUAAGGGCGUCUGUGUAAAAGCAACUGACCGUCAAUAACACAAACGGUGCGAGAGAGCGUGCUCACCUUAAUACCGGCCAAACAGCUGUCGGGGGAUCGGAUUUGGAGAUCCCGCUAGCGACGGAUAGCUUCCCAAGCGAGAUGCGGUCGGCAGUGCCCAAUAGCGUCAGGUGCUAUGCAGUCCUGAUGCUACUGAUUUCCAUCGGUACGGUGCAACCCUUCCGGCGGCAUCACCCCCGGCACCAACCCUCGUUCGUGUCGAGGAGUGACUUUGACUGGAAUCUCGCUCGUGAAGUGUUCCGGCACGAAGACUCAAAUGUCGUGUUUUCGCCGUUCUCCAUCAAACUUUUGCUAACGCUACUGUACGAGGCAGCCGAACCGGGAUCCGGCACCCGAUCGCAGCUCGAGGCUGCACUGGUCGAUCCGGACCUGAACCAAACGCGUACUUUCUACACACAGUUCCUAGAUGCAUCGCAGCAAACAAACGGUGACUAUGAAUUCGAUAUUGGCACAAAAAUGUUCCUGGACAAGGCGCGCGCCAAGCUGCCCCAAGCGUACACUGACCUGCUGGAGCAAAUGUACCGUACCUCGGUGGAGCGGGUAUCGUUCAAUGGCACAAAGGCGACCGCCGAGAGGAUAAACACCUGGUGCGAAAAGGUAACCCGUGGUCGCAUCACGGAGCUAGUUACGGAAGACACGCUACAGGAUGCACAGCUAGUACUGGCGAACGUGCUGUUCCUGAAAGCGUCCUGGAAGAACUCGUUCCCCGACGACCAAACGCACAAUCGGACGUUUCACGUCGCCGACGGCGACACGGUGACAACCGAGUUUAUGCGCCAGAUGGAUCUGUACGACUACACCGUUCACGAGCAGCUCGGGGCGGAAGUGCUCCGGCUACCGUACAAGGGACGCCAGUUCAGCAUGAAUAUGGUGCUGCCGCACCGGAACGUUUCACUUGCGACGCUUGCCGACGCUCUCACGCCCACCAUGCUCGACUCGAUAGCGGAGCAGUUCGUACGGGAAGAGGUAACGGUGCUGAUACCAAAGUUUCGCUUCAACUACGGCACACUGCUCAACGAGGCCAUCCAGCGCCUGGGAAUACGCGACGUUUUCACAAAGAAUGCAGCACUUCCCCUGCUUGCGUCUGCUGAUGACGCCAAACAGAGCACCACCAAGAAUGAAGUGCAGGUAUCGAAGAUGCUGCAAAAAGCGGGAAUCGAGAUCAACGAAAAGGGGACGCUUGCCUUUGCAGCGACUGAAAUUCAGCUAGUCAACAAAUUCGGUUACGACGGCGAGCCGAUCGUGUUCGAGGCCAACCGACCGUUCCUGUUCUACAUACUCGACGAGGAAACGAAUGCGAUCCUGUUCGUGGGAAAGGUAACGGAUCCUUCGCGCAGCACUAUGCCUUUAGUUAUAGUUCCUUUAGUGUGUAAGAUUUUUUUUACACCCCGUGCCGCGGACCGCCUAUCAGUAAACGUUGGCAGAUCGUUCGAGCUGGACGAAAUGGGCAUCUUCCACGGUCGACGAUGGGCAGCGGUGUUGUGCUGUGUGUUUGCGCUGACGAUCGCGGCAACUCCAAGGAGGUUUUUACAAAAUCGCUUCACCGUCGACUACGAACCAUUCGCAGGGCCGUGGAAUGAUGAUUUCGAUUGGAGCGUAAUAAAGGAGGUACUCCACAAAGCGCCGGGCAAUGCGGUGAUUUCACCGCUCUCCGUUAAGGCCCUGCUGGCGCUACUGUACGAAGGUUCGGCGAGCCGAUCCGAGACGGAGCGUGAACUCCAGCAAGCACUCAGCGGCGGUAAUUCGCAGGCCGUUCCCAAGCUGCAAGACGAUCUGCUGCAGUACAAGCAACAGCAGCAACAAAACCUGCUCAUUACCGAUCGCAUCUUCUACGACACCACGGUUACGCUCCUCCAGAAGUAUCACAGCAUCAUUGCGGCUCGCUACAAUGCCACGACGCAGAGUGUGGACUUUCAGGACACGCAGUCGGCAGCGGCCGAAAUCAACGCGUGGAUCGCGCAAAACACGCGCGGCAAGAUUCAGAGCAUCAUCAAACCGGACCUGCUGCAGGACGCACUGAUGAUGCUGAUCAACACGAUCUACUUCAAGGGUUCCUGGUCCAUCCCCUUCCCGACCAAUGCGACGGUCGAGCGGCCGUUCUUCACCGGCAGAAUGCACACGGCGGGCCGGUACGGUGGACCGCGGUCCGUUCCUUUCAUGAAGCAGCGCGAGCGGAUCUUCUACUACAAACAUGCCGAGCAGUUGGGCGCCCAGUUUCUGCGCCUACCGUACGACUCCAACCAGCUGUCGAUGAUCGUGGUGCUGCCGGAUGAGCAGGUUUCGCUGGGGCAGCUACUGUCCCGGCUUACGGCCGAUGCGGUCCACGAAACGCUGGCCGACAUGUCUGAGGAGGAGGUCGAAAUCGAGCUGCCCCGCUUUACGAUGACUUAUUCGAGCUCGUUGCGCGAAUGUCUGCAGCAGCUGGGCGUCUCGCGGGUCUUCACCGACCAGGCAGAGUUGCCGCUGAUUUCGCGAGGUCGCACCACCCCGCUGAAGGUUAGCACGAUACUGCAGAAGAGCUGCAUUCUGGUUGACGAGCAGGGGACGGAAGCGUCGGCGGCGACCGAGGGCACGCUGGUGUUUACCAUUCUCAACCAACCGGUCAAGUUCAUUGCCAACCGGCCGUUCCUCUUCCUGAUCUACGACGAAGGCAAGGGCAACUGGCUGUUUGCCGGCAAGGUGGAAGAUCCACAAACGUAAGCGGGCGACAAACAACAGAGCUUCUUGUAUGAGCAAUAUCAAUAAAGAUGGUUUACUGUUUAGUACCAAACCUU